CUUGCAUUAAUAUGGCGGACAACGAAGGUUUCCUUUAGGAAAAUAAAAAUAACAAUUCUGUUUCGUAUGUUAAAACUCGUCAGUCAGUUAUAGUUUCAGCUUGAAGUAUGGAUGAAGUUCUCUCAGAAGGAGACGUAAAGCGUUUUGAGGACCAAUAUAAUGCUGAAGUUGAAAGAGGACAGGUGUCUUCUGUUACACAGUUCAGUUAUGGUUGGUGUUUGAUCAAAAGCAGCAAUAGAAGUGAAAUUUUAAAAGGGGUUCUUCUCCUGCAAGGGUUAUGUCAUAGUGGAACUGAUCAAAGAGAUUACCUUUACUUUAUUGCAGAAGGAUAUUACAAACUAAAUGAGUACAAGUCAGCCCUCAGAUACAUAAACAGAUUACUACAAAUAGAACCUGAAAACCGACAGGGGCUUGAGUUGCAUGAAAAAAUCACUGGUCAAAUGAAAAAAGACGGCUUGAUUGGACUUGGAAUCUUGGGAGGUACAGCUCUUAUUGUGGGUGGAGCAGCAGCCUUGGCUGGGAUGGUAUUUGCAAGCCGAAAAUGAACAACCCUAACCCUAACCCUAACCCUUAACCUAAAUUGUCAUAGAUGCAGAUAAAUGUAAUCAAGGGAAGAGUGUAAUAAGUAAUAUUAUCAGCAGUAUUAAUACUGUUUAGCAUUGUGGAGCAUUUUGUGGGCUAAGAUGGGGAUUUUAGUACACUUUUGCCCACUUGCACACUUGCUUGAUUUUUCGGGCUGUUUUGUUGUCAUUUUUUUUAGUUCCUAUUCUCUCAAUGCUUUCCAAAGUGAUAAUGAUAGUAACAAAGCUGAUGUGCUUUGGUAUAAAUAUGUUUGAGGCCCUUCUCAUUUUAACCCUUACCUAAGGGCUCAGGCUAAGGUGACUCUGAGUUGGGCCCAAAACAUACAUGUAUUAAUCUUAGAUUUGGAACGUCUUAAACAAGUGGACAAAACCGUGGAGAAAACAACUGGUAGCUGAAAGGUUGGGCAUUAUGAUACAGUGGUGUGUCAACUGCCUCUCCAUCUGCUCAAGCAUAUGGGAAAAAAUUAUGUAUAAAUUGCUUAGAUAGUGAAAUUAGUUCAGUCUAGAGCAGAAAAAUAACAUUAAACUUGAGAUUGCGUUGGAACAAUUGAAAAACAAUUGCCAUGGAUAAAUUAAUGGUGAUAUGAGAGAUGCAUUACGAUAAAAAAUAAAACUAGAACUUCCAAACAUUGCGUGACUGGCUUGAAGAACUUGGUAAUGGGGAAAUGUAACCACAUCUCAGAAAAAUCUCUGUCAUGUCAUGUAGUUACAGUUGACUGUAGAAUAAUCCUGGAGCAAAGAUAACUUCAAUAUUAUUUUUUGGUUUAUCACUCAGCUUCCUUCCCCAACUGUAUUCAUCUAGGAGAGUGAAUAUUGCCAUGCAAAGAUAACGUUUCAAAACCAACCACAAUGUUUGCAUCCAAAUUAAGGAUGGUUAAAGCUAGGUCUGACAAAGUAACUUGGAUGAAGUAAAAUAUGGUGUUCCCCAAGGAUCCCUCCUGGGUCCAAGGCUUUAUACUAUCUACGUCAAUGACCUCCCUAAUGCUAUUACAUCUGGAGACUCGUUCAUGUAUGCAGAUGAUACAACAUUAUAUUGUGUGGGGAAGAACUUUGAUCAGGUCUGCUCACAAUUAAAUAACAUUCUCGAGCAACUUCUGCUUUGGAGUACAACGAACAAACUUUGUAUUCAUCCUGUAAAGUCUGAAGUUAUGAUCCUUAGCAAAUCGGGCUUCAUUGGUCCUGCUCCUCCAAUAUGCUUCGGAAAUAAUUUUAUUAAUGUUGUUAAUAAGACUACUUGUUUGGGAUUAAUCAUUGACAAUAGGAUUACAUGGGCAUUGCAUGUGGACCAUGUAAAAAAAAUCUUUUGCACAGAAAGUGGGCGCAUUAAAAAGAAUGAAGAAGCUUCCUGUGAAAGUGCUGGAGGAAAUUUACUUUAAAUCUAUUCUACCUGCGGUAUCGUAUGGUAUUGUGGUGUGGGGAAACUGCAAUUAUUCUAUUAUGGAAUCCUUAAACCCUAUACAUGCAAGAGCUGCAUGAGUUAUCCACCAGGAUAAAAGUCUUGAAGAGUUAAAUUGGUUGCCAAUUUCUUACAUAUAUAAAAGAAGACUCCUUCUUCUGAUGCACGAUGUUUUAAAUGAUAAAAUCUUAUAUGCCCCUUUUAAUUUGAAGUUACGCAACAGACCAUCACGUACAGGAGGGUUACAGGUUGAAAUCCCUAGAGUGAACUACAAAGUGGGAAAGGAAUCAGCACAAUACAGAGGACCUGUAAUCUGGAAUUUUAUUGCUAGGCUGGCAAAUUUUAAUGUGAACAUUCAAAAAGACAGUUUUAAAAAUAUUUUACGUAAGCUCUCACAGAACAUAAAUAGCUUCUCUUUUGAAGCGCCUAUGAUUGCUAUGAAAGACAGAGAUUUUGUGUAUUUUUAAGUUUUAUUACAUUGCAUGUAAAUUUUUGAAUUAAUUCGUGACUUGUUUGCUAAUGAAUUUUAUUACAAUGAUCAUAUUGAAUAUUUAAAUACCAUAGGGUGACUUUAUGAAUUAUUUUAGUUUUACAUUUUAUUAGUUCGUUGUAGGUCCACAUCAGCCUUAUGGCUGCCCCCUUCCUUACAACCUGCAUUACUAAAUAAAAUGAUUGAUUGAUUGAUU